ACGGGUACAUAAAGGAGCCUCUUUUAGAGCACAGUGGAUUACUCUCAGUGCAUUAUCUCCUGUGCAAGUUUUUGUGCGAGAGUUGCUAUUUUUUCUAACAAAUACAUUUAAAAAUUUUCAGCUUUCUCUCUCCAAACAGCUCAACGAAGCAGCAAAAAUGAGCUCUUGUUCUGGACCAGAAGAUGCUAAAGUUGUAAUUGUAGGUUCAGGUUUUGCAGGGUUGGCUGCUGCAGCCACAUUGGUGAAGGGAGGAUUUGAAAAUGUCCUGGUUCUUGAGGCGAAGGAAAGAAUUGGAGGUCGAGUGCACACCAUUAAACCCUUCACCGAGAACAUCAUUGAAGUUGGAGCGAACUGGAUCCAUGGACAGAAAGGAAACCCCCUGUACAAGAUUGCAAAAGAGGAGAAUCUACUAUCCGAAGGAACUUCAUCCAAAAAGUCCCGUUCUGUAACCUCUGAAGAUUACUUUUUCAAAGAAGAUGGGAAGCAGGUCUCCACAAAGCUUGUAGAUCAGGUGUGUUCGUAUUUCAGCAAGCUCACCGACAAAGCUUCUGAUGACGAACUUGAGCCCAGGCACAGGGAACUAAGUCGGGGUGCUUAUCUGGAUGAUGCCUUUGGUGAAUCUCCUUUAGCAGAGAAAGAAGAUGCCCACCAAGUUUUUGAAUGGUGCAAGAGGAAUGAAUGCACAGACGAGGCUUGCUCUAGCCUCUAUGAGGUGUCUGCAUCUACGAUCAGCAAUUACACUGCUUUAAAGGGAGAAUUUUUUAACACUUUGGGACCUGGUGGCUAUCGAGCAAUCUUAGAUGUUCUCCUGAAAGAUCUACCUUCAGGAACCAUCCAGUGUAGUGCACCUGUCAAGAGCAUCCAAUGGGAUCUGGUCAAAAAGGGCCACUGUGAAGACCAACGGUAUCCUGUUCAGCUCGUUUGUGAAAAUGGACAGAGCUUUGAGGCAGACCAUGUGAUCGUCACCGUUUCUCUGGGGGUUCUCAAAGAUAAAGCUUCAACCAUGUUUGAACCGCCCUUACCGCCAACAAAACUGGCUGCGAUUGAGAAUCUCGGAUUUGGCAUAGUAGACAAAAUAUUCUUGUUUUUUGAGAAGAGAUUCUGGCCAGAUGACUGUGCCGGAGUGCAGUUGUUGUGGAAAGAGGGGCCUGAAGAUAAAGAUGUUUAUGAGUCUCUGUCUGAAGGGGAAGCCUGGAAGAAGACGUGGUUCAAGAAGAUCACUGGUUUUGAUACAGUGGCCCGUCAUCCCACGGCUCUGUGUGGCUGGAUCACAGGUAGAGAAGCACUGUAUAUGGAGAAGCUUCCGGACAGUGAAAUACGAGAUAACUGUGUAAGGUUGCUCAGGUCUUUCACAGGCUGGUCAGUGCCAGAGGUCUCAAAGAUGCUGAUCUCCAGAUGGGGCUCUGAUUCUCACGUCCGUGGCUCCUACACAUUUAUUCCUGAUGGUGUUGAUGGAGUGAAAGCACAAAAGGCAUUAGCAUCACCUCUUCCUCCUAAAGAUGAAUCCAAAGGGAGGAAGCACCUGCAGGUAUUGUUUGCUGGUGAAGCUACAAAUGAGAACUUCUACACCACGACCCAUGGAGCAUAUCUCACAGGGGUCAGAGAAGCAGAGCGACUCAUAAACUAUUACGCUGAUUGAGCAUACAGUCCCAAAGAGAGGACAACAUAUACUUUGGUUUCAUAAAGAUAACAUUCUCAUUUGCCUUGAUUUAAAGGGGUCAUAUGACGUUUCUAAAAAUAACAUUAUGUUGUGUAUUUGGUAUAAUGCAAUGUUUUUAUGUGGUUUAAGGUUUAAGGUUUAAAAAACAUUAUUUCCCAUAUAAUGUACAUUUUUGUUGCUCCUAUAUGCCAUGCACUUCUGAAACUUGUCAAUUUUUACAAAGCUCAUCAUUCUAAAAAUGCGAGGUGUGCUCUGAUUGGCCAACUAUCCAGUGAAUUGUGAUUGGCUGAAUACUUCAAGCUUGUGAUGGAAAGGUUACACUCCUUAAAAUACUGUGCAUAUGACCAGGCAAAACCAAUAAAACCCAUGACAAACGAGGCACUUGUUGCAUCCAGUGGGGACAAAAUUGCUGAUUAUAAUGACUUAUACUGUGUUUUAACUCGUUGUGUUGCAUAUCGCGCUGUGUAAACAUAAAACCAUGUCUGCAUUUGUUAUUGUAGAAAUGAAAAAAAAAACAACAAGCGCUACUCUACAUUGCUCAGAACUCGCGCAUGAAUCAUCAGUGACAAAUUUAAAUAUAAAUAUGUACUUACAGGCUGUGAGUCAGAAGCGCCAGACUGUCCUUGCAAAUUUGGAACUGCCCAACUUUAUAGAACAGCCUUUGAACACAGACCCAUUGUAGGCUACUCUGUUGGCGUCAGGAAAUAGCCCUCCAUAAAAUGCAUCACACACUGCGUUCUUAAGUGAGGAACAGCCGGAGGACUUGAGAAAGGCGUGGCCAGCAGAUUUGACGAAGGAGUGUCCAUUGGGUUGCGGCAACUACAUGACCUCGCUUCGUUCACAGUGAAAGCAGAUCUGGCGAUCCACAGCGAGAAAUUGAUGUAUUUCCUCAGCGACCAACACGAUUCAGCUCUAGACAUGACGAAGCGAAUAUCAUCCUCUUUUGAAAGGCCAAACAAAAUGGUUUCACUUUCACAAUGAAACACACAGCAUCUCCACAACAUGGCAGCAACAACAACACUACGAGAAUAAAAGUUAUGCCUUCUUUCUUUUGGGCGGCAUUAUGCAAAUCUUCCCACUCUGUGACGUAGAUGUUGGGGCUUAAAUGAGGCAUUUUAGUUAGGCAUGGACAAGCCUUAACUUUUAUAAAGAAUUUCUCAUUGGAUUUGAGACGUUAAUCUUUGCAACUUUACAGAUCUUCUUCAUGCACCAAGAGCUUGUUACACUCCAAAGAGAAAGGACAAAUUUAAAUCGAAUCAUAUGACCCCUUUAAAUUAAUUUUUUAGCUGGAAAUAUCUAUAAUUGUUCAUUCAAAUGAAUAAACUACUGCCAAUUAAACGUU